UCUGCUGCUUCAAAUACCCCUAAACCCUAAACCCAUAAGUGCCCGGCUAAAAAACUGAUCGCUUCCUCUCCAAUGGCAACUCGCUGUCGCACCCUUUCAAGACCAGCAUUUUCCCUUUUCAAAUCCACCAUGACACAGCCCUCAUCAAUCAGGAGACCCACUUCACCUUCAUCUUCAGUAUUUGGCAUCCCUAUACGCUCUUCUCCCACGACAACAACACUCUCAAGGCCGUUAGCUCAAAUGGGCUGUCUCCAAUCUCUCUUGCCACUCCACACAGCAGUAUCUUCAGCUCGGCUGACAUCGUGCCUUGGUUUGGACUCGAAGGGCUCCAGGUCGUUGUCUCAGGGUAUGCUCUGCAGUGCCAAUCCAGGAGUUUGAUACUAUUUUCUAAUGUAUCUAAUUGGGUCUCUGCGUUCCCCGAUAAGAGACAAAUGUUGAAGGUGGAGGACUGAUUUGCACCAUCAAAGUGAUGACUUCUUGGGAAGAAUACUCAUUCAUCUCUAACUUCAGUUUCUUUGAAACAAUUUUGUAUAAUACAUACGUUGGUGUAACUUAUAGAUUAUGGCAGAUUAUUUCUGAACAUUCUCAAGCGAUUUGCCUUUUUUAACUUGAAAUUUAUUUUGAAAACAAUGUAGUGAUGAUCAGAUUACAUUGGCAGAACUCGAAAAUGCACAAAUUGGGUUAGCACA